AUGAGCAUGUUUGACGCGAUAUCAGCAUGUGCCGCCAUGGGCCAGACGUCCUCUCAAAUCGAUCAAGUGCCGCGAACGCAGCCUGACGCACAACUCGCACGCUCGCCCUCGCCCGCUGCAAGUGUCCACACAAGCGCGAGCCGCGCACUGGCACGCGAUUUGGAAGAAUCGGUAUAUGCAUCUGCCAAGAAACCCACCACGAAGAUUAGCGCGACCAGCGACAUCGCGAAGGGAGAUGCGACUGCGACUGUGACUGCGAGACCGAAACGCAGAACACGCGCUGCCGAGUUACGCGACGACGUCAAACUCGACGACAUCAAGAACGCCACGGACACAGCAGACCCAGUAGCUGAGAAAGAGCGUGCGCGGCCGCGGAAGAAGCGCAAGACUGCUCAGGAGACCGAAGCAGAGCCUGAAGUAGCGCCUAAGAUGGCAUGUGUACAGCUUCCCAAAAGCCCUGCCAAGGCGAAGCAACUUGAUGUCCCAGUCAUGCAUUCUAAAUCUGACGCUCCUGCUAAGAAACGAGGCCGGCCGGCCAAGGAUCUUAACAGGUCAGACGAGAGACCCGAAGAUAAUCAGGAGAAGCCUGUCCAUGAGCCAAUUAUAGUGGAAUUGACGAAAGCGAAGGUGAAAAAGCGGAAGAGAGUUACAGAACCUGAGCAGGCAACAGCUGGCGCAGAUGCGGUGGAGAAUGCGGAAGUAUCUCUCCAUGCUGAGGCUGGCUCAUCAAAGCCUUCCCGCAGAAGGAAAAUAAAUGAUGUUGAGGAAGAGCAUGAACCGCCUGAGCAAUUAGGCGGAAGCACACAAGCGAGUGCGAAUCCGCCUGACGCAGUGGUCGACCACACCUUGUUGGAGAGCAAGGUUGCGGAACGAACACUGACUAACGAGGACAUGGAGCUAGAACGCAGUGAUGGCGAGAUUGACCAGGAGGACCUACAGCGGCUCAAGGCAAGGAAUGCGCUUCGCCUCCAGAUCAAGAAGUGGGAAGAGGAGGAACUGGUCUAUGCCGGCAAAGCGAAGUGGAAGAACGGCAAAGACGGUGCCAAGUACCUCAAAUUGGCGCAACCUGGGCACAAGUUCAAGAGGCCGAAGCUUGACGCAGAGCAGCAAAGUCGAGCAGAUCUUGAGUCCGAAGCUAGAAAACAGAGCAUUUCGGUCACACGUGACGCUCUUCUCCAAGUUCUAGUUAGAGAAGAUCUGAUGCGAGCAUUGCCGCAUGCACACAUCCCGACUGCCCCGGAUUCAGGAAAAGAGAUAACCGAAACGCGCAAGUCCCAACCCGUCGUACAACAGGCGGAAGAAGGGCCCAACGAGAAUGCUACUCGUGGCACGAGUGAGCAUGUGUCGGACUGGCUCGCUAGCCAGAACGAAGAGUCUCCUGUUCCUCCGGAGCAGUUGGAAAUACACCAAGGAUCUUCGAAGAAGCGGAAACGCAAGUCAGUGUUACGUGCAGAUGAUGACGAGGACUACCAGCUCGACGGUAGUUCUGUCGCGCCGGAAAGCGCCAAUUCUGCGUCAACGACUACCAAAGCUGCACGCAAGGAAGCGAGAAGGCAGCGCAGGGAGUCGGAGAUGAAUGCAGCGCCGGAAAAAGAGUCUGAUGACGGUGAUGACGACGAGCCGCCGACAGCCAAGAGAAAGAGCGAGGCAAAGAAGAAGGAGAAGAUGAAGAAGAAGAAGAAGAAACAGUCCAAGGACGAUACAGGCUCCAAUGCAGGCAGGUCAGGCAAUGAGAUGAUCAAGGGCCCAUUUUCGCAGGAAGAGAAAGAUAUUGCCGACGGCAUCUUUGCAGAGGUGAUGCGACAGGAGGGCCUAUCUGAAGCUGAACUCAUAGCUCAGAUCAAGAAUUGGCGAAACUGCGGCACUUUCAAGGCAGACAUGUUUGAGGCCUUCCCGCGACGCACAAAAGACUCAAUACGCAAAUUCGCAGAGCGACGGUUUCAUGGAAUGGAGCGUGGCCCAUGGACAGCCGAGCAAGAUCAAGCGCUACGUGCCGCCCAUACAAGUCAUCCUGGUCAGUGGUCCCAGAUAGGCGAUCUUGUGGGACGCACUGGGGCGGAUUGCAGAGAUCGAUGGCGAUUACAGCUCCAGCACGAGAACGCUGUCACAGGGCCCUGGACUGUAGACGAGGAAGAAGAGCUUCUGGCAGCAGUCGAGGAAUGCAUUGAUGCAAUCAAGACCAGCAUUACUGACACCAGCACCUCCAACAACCGCGACAGACUGGAAGCUUUGUUAAAUUGGACGGUCGUCGCGCAAAAGCUUCACGGCAAACGGACGGGCAAACGAUGCCACGAGAAGUACGGCAAGCUGAAGACCAGAAGGGCCAAAAAUGAAGCAGCAUUGAUGGGCCUCGGCGCUAGCUCCACGACGCGCGUGAAUCAACAUACGAUUUCUGGACCUAGCGAAGAUAAGAAAGAAGCCGAGAAGAUGAGGCUUGCACGGAACACUGUCACGAAGUCCUUCGAAAUUGGUGAUUACUACGACGCCUUCGUCGAGAUUCACACGGCUUUCAAGGAUCAUGAUCGGAAGUUCCACGACGAGAAGAAUGUACUCUGGUCGAUUGUCAGCAGCAAGAACAUGCAAAGCCGAUUCAGCGUCUUCUGCGCGCCAUCUGCUUUACGCAGAGCUGCAUUUGAGGAUGCAAUGGAACAGUGGGUAGCAAAGGAACCAAAGCUGAAGCGGAAGCUUGAGAAGGCAAGGACCAUUCCCGCUAAGGCACUGGUUCUCGCUGCGUGGCUUGAGAAGACGUAUGGUAACAAGUUGAAGAAUCUAACUCGCAAAUACCGGCCUGAGCUUAUUGGCGCAUCCAAGGAGGAGUUGGACAAGGUCAAGAAGGACAGAAGGGUCAAGUAUGGCUCGCGAAAGCUCAAUACAGCUGACAAUAAUGUCUCCAAGGACAUGAUUUCGGAUUCAGACGAAAACGAAAGUCCAGCACCGGACGUAGAGAUAGCCGACACAGCAUUGAUUCCUUCUGAAAAUGAUGCUGCAGACGAGAACGAGCAUAAAGCCACACAAGUCGUUCCCGAAAUUCAAGAGGAGGUUCUGAAAAAUGGAAACGAUGCCGCUGCCGAUGCACCUUCAGGUCCGAGGGAGCAUCAAAAGAACGCGGCUGCAGACGAACAGCGUAUGUCGGAUUUGGACCAUCACGAUAAUGUACCUCUCCUCAAUGCAGACGACUUUGAUGCCCGGCUGGAGAAACUUUGGGCGUUUUCGGACGAUGAGGACAACGAAGAUAGUGACGAUGACGAUGAUGUUGAUGUAGACGAAGAUGCUGGAUGGGAUGAAGAGGCACAGGACGAAAAGGUUGUGGUAAAGAACGAGCCCGGCUCGGACGGCGACUCAGCUGAUUCUGCAGCCUUUGCAUAUGACGUUACAAUCAACGUGUUGGCUAGCUCACUGGGCGCCCGACAACAUGACUAUUUAGCCCAAUCCCAGCAGAAGCUCAGCGGACCAGAGAACAGAAUCAACUCGAUCCUGUUUCACCUUCACAUGACAUUUCCACAACAUCCAGACAGAAUGCUGGCAGAAGCUCGCGGCCCCAUAAGAAUCUGGUGGUUGCAUAAUUUCCAGUCACCCAGUGCUCCGGCACACCACCGCCAUGGAGCCUCAUCUGCUUGCUCCUCUGGACCACAGCAUCAGCAGCUAUUCAAAAGACCUUCGGCGGCUGCUCCGAAGAAAGAAUCACGGUCUCAACCCCAAAUCUCUGUGGGAGCCCAAACCUGUGCUACUUUCAAUACGAUUGCUUGGUGGCUUGUGGCCCAGCCGGAUUUGCAGUGA